AUGCCCUGCUCGCAAACCGUGAUGACUUUCUUGAAAAGAAUCGACAAGGAUAGCUCCGGUACAAUAGAUGCAAGGGAGCUCCUCGAAGCUCUAGGCGAUUCUCGUAUCAAGGAGGAACAAGUUCAACGUUUCAUCGAACAAUAUGAUAAGAAUAAGGAUGGAAAGCUAGAUCUUAGCGAACUUAUGGACUUCUUUGAAAGCAUUGGUUUGUAA